AUGUCGUUCCUGCGAGCCGGCUUCGACACGUCCGCCUCCGCGCUGGCGUUCUCCGUGUUCGAGCUGGCGCGCGACUGCGAACUGCAGCAGCAGGUGCGGCAGCGCCUGAGGGCGGUGCUGGGCAGGCACGGCGGGCGCGUCACGUAUGAGGCGCUCAGCGACAUGAGGGACCUCACCAACGUCAUCAACGAGGCGCUGCGGAUGUAUCCGCCCGCUAACUUCCUGGACCGCGAGGCUUCGCGUGACUACCAGAUCCCGGGGAGCGAUAUUGUCCUCCCCAAAGGCACCGGCGUCGUUGUGUCCGUUACAGGCCUUCACCACGAUCCCCGCUACUGGACGGAACCGCACCGGUUCAUUCCAGAUCGCUUCAAAGAAGCGAACUCAAGGGACAGACCGAACUAUACAUUCCUGCCCUUCAGUGCUGGGCCCAGGACGUGCAUCGGGAUGAGAGUUGCAUACCUCCAGGUGAAGAUCGGCCUCCUACACAUCCUCAACAACUUCGAAGUGUACGCAGUGCCGGCGACGCCAAACAUUUUGCGUGUCGACUCAUCCAAACUGAUCGUCACCCCAGCCGGCGACGUGGUCCUAGGAUUCAGAAGAAUCCCUUCGAUGUGA